CUUUGCCUCAUUAUGACGUCCACACACUUUAUUAUUCCAACCGCAGUGAGGGUCACAAGAACCUCGGUAAACUAACACAGAGCUCCACAAUCCAACCACCACAAAGGAUCCAGACUGAUGAAGCUAUGGGUGCAAUAAUGUUUACAAAAUGAAGUUCUGUUCGUGUCUGUACACGUUGUUGGGGGCUGUGAUUUUGGGCUCGGUACGCUGUGAUGACACCCUGUCUCAUUUUGGAGCGUACUCACCUGGGGACGUCGUCAUCGGGAUUCUGAACUCGGUUCACCGUAACAGGACGGACGUUCGGGCCUGGAACCGUCCGAAUAUAAGCUGUACAGACUUUAAUCUGAUAUCAUUCGUACAAACUCUGGCCGCCGUUCAAACCAUCGAGAUGAUCAACAACUCCAGCUUUCUGCCGGGGAUCAAACUGGGUUAUAUAAUCUGUGAUUCGUGUGCCUGCGCCACCAGAGCCAUGCACUGUGUUUAACACAUGCUGGCCGUGAACGGGACGCUUCCGGUUCUCUUCGACUACUCCGAGUUUAACUCCCGCGUCAAAGUGUUUUUGGGUGAAAGGUACUCGGAACUGUCCAUCGCCGUGGCCAAACUGCUGAGCCUCUACAUGAUUCCUGAGGUGAGCUGCACGUCCUCCGCACCGACGCUGAGCGACAAGCUACGCUACCCGUCGUUCUUCCGCGUCAUCCCAAGUGACGUACACCAAACAAGGGCAAUGGCGAAGCUCAUGAGGUACUUCAGCUGGGACUGGGUCGGGGUGGUGUCUCUGGACGACGACUACGGCAAAGCCGCCCUGGAAGCCUUUCUGCGGGUGGCAGAGAUGGAGAACGUGUGCGUGAAUUUUAUUGAGGUGCUGUCGACCAUCGUGAGCACCCAGCAGAGCCUGAAGGCGGUGGCCGACCGCAUCGAGGCCUCUAGUGCCAACGUCGUGCUGCUCAUUCUGAGGCUAGACCUGGUGGAGAAGCUCUUCGGAGAGAUGAUCAGAAGGAAAAUUACUCGGACCUGGAUCGCCAGCGACGCCUGGUCUACAGCACGUACCUUAAUGAAGAUGAACAAUAUAAACGAAGUGGGGGACAUAUUUGGGUUUACCUUCGUCACUGGGAACAUCCCGGGGUUUGAGGACUACCUGAGAAACUUAAGACCGAGCCCAGGGGCCAGGAAUGAUUUUAUCAGGGAGUACAAGCACAUGAGGUUCAACUGCACCCAGGGUCAGAAAUCUGGGCACACAUCACCCUCAGCCUGCAAUGUCACGGACCCCCAGGAGACCAACAAUGAUUAUCUGGUUGAUACCGUGGAUCUUGGUGCCUCUUACAGUCAGAGAGUUGCGGUGUACGCCAUCGCUCACGCCAUCAGGGAACUCCUCAACUGCAGCAACACUUCCUGCUCUGGAGACGCAGACUUCCUGUCUUGGAAGCUUGUGGACGUUCUUAAUAAAGUGAAUUUCACCCUGGACAACCAGACACAUUAUUUCAACAAUGAGAACGAUUUUGACAAUAGUUACGAUCUCAUAAUGUGGAAGAAGAUUGGAGAUGGCAGAAUACCCGACGUCGUGGGUACGUUCACCAUAAGGAAUAAAAGCGUGGCGGUCUACGAACAGAAAAUCUCCUGGUCCAACAACACGGUGCCCAAUUUCAGAUGUUCAGAGACUUGCCCACCUGGAACAGAAAAGACCGUAUCUGAUAUAAGCUGUUGUUACACCUGUAGUAAGUGUGAUGCAGGAUUCUAUUCCAACCAAUACGAUCAAGCAAAGUGUCAAAAGUGUCCAGAGGGAACUUAUUCUCUAUCAGGUUCUGUAGCAUGUACAAAGUGGGAGAUUCAGUUUUUGGAGUGGUCCUCAGCGUACUCCAUUGUGGUGUUGAUUGGAACAGUGAUAGGAAUCCUGCUGCUGGUAUCAUCACUGAUCUAUUUCGUUCUACACAGGAACAAUUCCAUAAUCGAGGACAACGUAGUCUUGUCUUGUAUUAUGAUGUUUGGCCUGAUGGUGAGUUUCGGAGGUCUGAUUCUCUUUUUAAACUGGCCAAGCGACCACCACUGCACUGCCCAGCAGGUCAUGUAUGGUCUGGGCUUCACCCUCUGUGUGUCGUGCAUUCUCACGAAAGCUUUUGUGUCGUUCUUAGCCAUCAUGUCCAUCAGCCCUGAGAGGCAGCGCUUCCUCAGUAAAUUUAACAAGCAUUAUAUCAUCGUCGCUCUACUGACUGGUGCUCAGGUUCUGGUUUUUCUCUUCUGGUUCAUAUUCGGUUCUCCGAAGGUUGAAGAGAAGGAGUUAUCUGAGUCGAUUAUCAAAAACCGUCAGUGCACUCAGGGCUCUCUGGUCGGCUUCAGUGCGAUGCAUGUCUACAUUGCGGUUCUAGCCGUGUCGUGCUUCUUCUUAGCCUUCAAAGGAAAAGUGGACGAUACUGAGCCGAUAGUCUUCAGCAUGCUCUUUCAUUUGUUCGUCUGGCUUUGUUCAAUUCCACUCUUCAUCACCCAAACGGAUCAGCGCACCCUCGUCCAGGUCUCUGCCAUGAUGGUCUCCAACUAUGGAGUCAUCGUCUGCCACGUCCUCCCAAAGUGGCAUAAAAUAAUCUCGAAAAAGAUCGAUGACGCGAAGCCAAAACCCGAACAUGACAUGAGCGAAACAUCUGAGGACUCAGGGCUUAGUCCUGAAGAAGAGUUACCUUCACCCAGCGCAUCAUCACAAACCCAACUUUGGCCUGAAGAUGCUGACAACAACAUGAGAUGAAAAGCUGCAAGUAGCAGGAACCAGCACACAAAACUGCUUCUGAUCAAUUGGUGAUCAUGGUGGUGGUACUUGCUCUACAGCAGUGGUGGGGAACCUUUUACCCACUGAGGGCCAGAUUAAUAAUUAGAUAUCUGGUGAUGGGCCACAGACUACAAUGACACAACAUAAUACAGGCUUUAUAAAUACAUGAUGCUGAUGGUAUGUAGUGUUUAUAUUUGAUCUCAGAUUUACCUUGUGAAUGUUUGGUCUUGACCAGCUGUGGAAUAUCUGGGGGCAAUGACGUCGUGGCAGCACGCAACUGGUUCUCCAAGUCGAUGUCUGUUAGUCUUGAACGCAGUUGGAACACACCUCUGGUUGUAUCGUGCACGCCCUCCAAUGAAAGUAAAUCCUCUCUCGUCUCAAAAUCCGCCGUAAUUCCACGUACAAAAAAUGCCAGCUGGCUGGUAUUUGUUAUGUCUGUCGUCCCGUUUAAAGCCAGCGAGAAAAACUCGAAAUCGGUGAUAGAGUUGUUAAUAUCCUCUGCCAUUUCACCAAUUAGGUCAGACACUGUCCGACGUGAAAGGCUGACAUUCUGAAACAGUUUGAACUUUUCUGGAGCUAAUAUUUUAGCACUCCUUCAUAAACUCAUCAUCAGAAUAAGGCUUCAGUCAUUUUUGUGAUCAGUCACACUGUGCCGUUCCUUUCUGGCUCGUAUGAUAGAAGUUUGCUGUGCAGUCGAAUUAUUUUUGAGCACCUUUAUUUUCUCCUCUCGUUCCGGUCUUUGCAGAGCGGUAUAACAGGGUGGCGUGUUUGGUGGUAUAUCUUUCAGUAUUACUUUUUUUUAGAACAGCGAGAGAUUCUCCACAAAUGAAACAUACUGGCUUUCCUUUCACUUCAACAAAAAAGAAAUCCGCUGUCCAUUUUUCUUAAAAGACGCGGCAUUCAUCAAAUGUGGCCUACAUAUUAUACAG